GUGGGCACACUCCCCACUCACGCACGAAUGCCCAGGUGACCUCUCUCUAUAUAUACAGACCCUUCCUGACCCUGCAAGCCUGGCCUUCUAGGAGUCCUGGCUGGGACUGCAGGAGACAAGGCCCAUUUUGAACAGAGCGCCCUCCACUUUCUUGUUCUCGCAUUCUGACUUUUGUCUUCAGACACAGGAUGUUGUCUUUUCCCCGUGUGGUGGCCUGCUCACGGACCUGCUCCCGCUUCCUUGGGCUGAGCCUCGGAACUGCAUCGCUGUUUGCUGCUGGGGCCAACAUCGCACUCCUCUUUCCUAACUGGGAUACGACCUACCUGACGAGGGGCCUCAUUGGCAAGCAUGCCAUGCUGGGCGCUGGGCUCUGGGGAGGAGGAUUCAUGAUGCUCAUUGCUCUGUUGUCAAGCAGCCUGGCUCUGCUGGGGGCCUUGGUUUGCUUUGUCACUUCUGGGGUAGCCUUGAAAGACGGUCCCUUUUGUAUGUUCGACACCUCGUCCUUCAAUCAGACACAAGCUUGGAAAUUUGGCUAUCCCUUCAAAGAUCUUCCCAACAGGAAUUAUUUGUAUGACCGUUCACUCUGGACCUCCAUCUGCCUGGAGCCCUCUAAGGCUGUGGUUUGGCAUGUGGCCUUCUUCUCCUCCCUCGUGUGUAUCAGCCUCCUCCAGCUUCUCCUGGUGGCCAUCCAUGUCGUCAAUAGCAUCCUUGGCCUGUUCUGCAGCUUCUGUGAGAAGAGCUAGGUAACAGAUGUCCUCUCCUGAACUGGUGUUCUCACUGCAAGCUUCCUCCAACCCUUCCUGCAAGAACAGGGUGGGAAUCCCCAUUAGGCCCUCCUGUAAGCUGCCAGCAUCUUCCUGCACAUGGGGGAAUGGUAGGAUAAAAUGAACGUCACCUGCAUACUUUGAAGAUGACACUGUGAUAGAAAGAGCAAUGAAGUCAUUGCUGGUGUAUAGGGAGGAAUUUUUAACCCGUAAAAUAAUUUCAUUUCAGCCUCUUGACAACCCCAUGAAAGUUGGUCACAUGGUAGGACAGAGAAGCCGAGACUCCCAAAGGGAGCCCUCCAAUCUCAAACACACAGAUAGGUGACCCCCCAAAUUCUAAAAUCAGGUUUACUAUUGUAAUAGACAUAACUGCAUUUCCUCCAAAGCAUAGACAGGAACCCUUAGCACCAAUGUGACUGUAUUAGAGACAGGGCCGUCCUUACCUGUAAUCAAGGAUACCUGUGGUCAUAAAUGUGAGGGCCUGAUCCAGUAGGAUUGACAUCCUUACAAGACGGGCAAGAGGCUGGGCAUGGUGGUGCACACCUGUGGUCUCCAAGCUGGAGUCAGGAGGAUCAUCACUUCUAGACCAGCCUGGGCUACAUUUUGAGAUCCUGUUUCAAACAAACAAAAAAAGACUCAGGAAGAUGAGGCAGGAGGAUGGGCAGUCCUGGGCAAUUUAGAGAGACCCUGUCUCAAAAUAAUAGGGCCAAGGAUGUAGCUUACUGUUACAACAUAAGCAGAAUUCUGGAAUCAGUCUCCAAUACUGGAAAAGGACAGAAAGGAGGGAGAGAGGGAAAUAAAUACUCCAUGAAAGAAAGUUGCAGAUCCCCAUGCUUAUUAGGCCAGUGAAGAGUAUUAAGAGUAUCCUGGGCAUUUUCUUAGCAGGCAGUGCCUCAGAAAAACUCUUGGGAGAGAAGGGAGGAUAAGGUCCUUAGGAUCUAAAGGCUGCACUCACAUCCCACCAGGUGCAGGCUGAGGGCUGGUUUGUAAACAAUAAUGGACCCUUUUCCAGAAGGGAGGGAGGAGCCCUUUGAUCUGACAAACAUCAUUCAGGUGUCAAUUCUCAGAGAAACUAUUCCAUUGCCCCUCUCCCAGCAGAGAAGGAACCUUUGACCUAUAAAACACCUCGAGAGCAUCCUUUAUCAGAAGUCAGGAGAACCCUUUGUUUAAGGCAAGAUGAGGCUCCAGAGAGGAGGUGUGGGCUUAGGGUAAGCUGGCCUUUCCUAAACCUUUCAAAGGAGGGACCCAUGAAGUGGCUCAUGGGUAAAGAUGCUUGCUGCUAAGCCCGAAGACCUGAGGCUUGAUCUCCAGAACCCACGUGGUGGAAAGAAAGAACAGACUCUUGUAAAUUGUCCUACCUCUACACACACACAGACA